AUGCCAAGUAAGAACGUUCAGCGAAGUAAAUCAAAUACUAAGAAAGCAGUAGAAAAUAAUUCACAAAUUGUUCAAAACAAGCAUCAUAAGACAAAACCACCUACCGGAGUUAUAAAAGCACCAAAAGUUUGCCCUUCUGGCAAGAGAGUAGACUCGAAUGGAACUUGCCGUGCUGUUUACUAA